AAUAUUUAUAGUUUCAGAUGGUUUCAACAUGCUGCACAAACAUUUGUGAAAAUUCCCUUCUUUGGAGCGGUCUCAUAUCUGACAUUUGCCGUUACCCCCUUUUGCAUAGUGUUUGCUGUGAUAUGGGCAGUUUAUCAUCGUGUUUCGUUUGCUUGGAUCGGUCAAGACAUUCUUGGUAUCACACUGAUAAUUACAGUUCUUCAGAUUGUACGGAUACCAAAUCUCAAGGUUGGAACUGUUCUUCUCAGCUGCGCCUUCCUAUACGACAUCUUUUGGGUGUUCGUUUCUAAACGGUGGUUCCAUGAGAGCGUCAUGAUAGUGGUAGCUCGAGGUGAUAAGAGUGGAGAAGAUGGUAUCCCAAUGCUGCUAAAGAUACCAUGUUUGUUCGAUCCUUCGGGUGGUGGUUACAUCAUCAUUGGUUUUGGGGACAUUAUCUUACCAGGGCUUCUAGUAGUAUUUUCACUAAGGUAUGAUUGGUUGGCAAAGAAGAGCCUUCGCGCUGGGUACUUCUUGUGGGCAAUGACUGCCUAUGGCUUACGUCUCCUCAUCACAUACGUGGCAUUGAACUUGAUGGAUAGACAUGGCCAACCAGCUUUGCUUUAUAUAGUCCCCCUCACACUUGGAACCUUUUUGUCAUUGGGAAAGAAGAGAGGUGAACUCAAGAUUUUAUGGACAAGGGGAGAACCAGAGAGACCUUGCCCUCACAUGCAAGAAGAGGAUCAACAAUCACUUAACCAGCAUUGAUCCCUCUCAUCAGAUUUGUAUCUUAGGUCUAUUAGUACAUAGGAGAUUGAUAACAACUGAUAGGAGAUUUAUGUUACAUUUUGUAACUUCUCUUUGUAACAAAAAUUACAACCAAAAUAUAUAUCAU